AUGGGCCUUGCCUCCGCGGACCACAGUCUUUCGCGCAUGUUAGUAUACCGUCUUAAGACCAGCGGUCCGCGGAUGCGGCAAAUGGAGGUAUUCGUUCUUCUACUCUUACAGAGAUAUGAGUAUCCCCUAAUGACACCAGUUGAGAAAUUCCCUCAAACGGAAUACCUUGACUGUAGACAAGUUUAUGUGAAUCUCACAUUCUCACCCACCAUGGACAACACAUUUUCGGAUACGAACCUCGCUCAGCAAAAAAUUGACUAUAUGAAUGAACUAGAGGAUUGGUGCGGAAACGUGCCUGCAGCAAAUCAGUCGUCAGGCACAACAACGGUCAGCCAACUAACAAUUUCGCACGGUAGCAAUGCGGCACUUUCGGGAAAGAGGGAUACGGUGUUAGUAAUCAUCAACAACUGGCCAUGGCGGCGGAGCCUCGGGCUUUUGCAGAGAAUCCAUGAGCCAUAUUUUGGAUUAACAAUUUAUUGUGGAACAUUUGAUGAAAACGGCAUAGCAGACGAAGGGUAUCCGGCUACUUUGGAAGCUUUUAGCUUUGUGAACGUGCACCCGGACGAGAUAGUGCAGGGUUAUCAUUUAUAUUUUUGUUUGACGAAAGUAGCAGAAAUGAGAUUACGCAACGUUAAAGGUUACUUUGUGACCGCCGAUGAUUUGGUCUUCAACUUCUGGCACAACAUAAACUUGAACUUUGUCUAUCAUCCGCUUGGCAUAGUGAGACGCGUGAACGACUCGACCUGGUAUAAUGGAACACUAGGACUCACAAAAAACUCGUUUCAAUCCGGAUCAGGUCAAAAUUGGCUUUGGCUCGAACUCGACCGCGCAAUAUUAGCGGUGCAUGCGCAAAACAUCGACAGAGAGAUCGAGGACAGAGCUCAGCAGAGGUGGCGCUUUCGCAAGGUGGAUUCCGUUUUCGGGAAGAAAGCAAAGAAGAAGCCGUGA